CCUCUCGUUCUCGCGAUAUCCGAAGCCGGCGUCGUUGCCAUGGACACAACUGUCGCGGUACAAGAAAUCAUUUAGGGACUUUUCGCCAGAUUUAAAACCGCUUCUGUUCUAAACGAAGGCGGUAUUUAAUCUCAAGACGCAUCACAGAUGGACUAUGCACAUGGAGUUAGCAAUCUUGAGGUUCAGGAAAAUGGAAAACCGCAAAUGGACAAAAUGAAAGCAAAGCCUGACUUUCUCAAUGAGCAUUUGGACUUGGUGAGCCAAUGCGCUGCAGCGGUCAACAUAUCAGACAGGAUACUCGGACGGGAUGAGCGUCCGCGCUUAUUGGACCAGUUGAGGGAGCUGACGGAUGUCAAUGCUCGCCUCUUCAAACUGUUGAGCGAAAAAGAAUUUGAGAUCAAGCACAUGAAGAAAAAAUGGGAAAAUGAGCGGGCGUUUCUCAAGACUGGUAUGUCAAGCGAUGCAGCCGCCGUCAAGAUCGUGGAGUUGUCCAGAAAGAAUCGAGAACUGACUGUUGAAGUGGAACGAGAAAGAACAAAAUGCAAACAAAACAGUAAUAGAAUCAAAGCACUCGAGAAUGACCUAGAGGCUGCUGUGCGCUCAGAACCAGGUCAAAAGGUUGAUGCCAAAUUGCAGGAAAGCUCGACUGUGAGGUCAAGUUCACUCCAUAACAACCCAAAGGUCAAGUCCCUGAAGGACAAAUUAUCCGGUGCCCAGCUGAAAGUGACAGAGUAUCGCAACCAAGUUCAGUUUCUCAAGCAGGAGUUAAAAGUGGCUCAGAAGGUUCUCGUAAGCGAGGUUGGGGAAGACGUCAACGUUCAGCAGUUACUGAGCUGUGCGGGAAGCUUUAGGGGACGAGCGCAGCACAUACUGGCUCUUCAAUCAAGGGUGCGUGACCUGGAGAAGCAGGUGAGGUCACCUCCAUCAUACAUGCUGAGCUUGGACGAAGAAGAACCAUCAUGGCGUUCUACUAAAAGUCCAGGCCGACACGUUGGUUAUAGCCGUAGCGCUGAGAAGAAAAAAAGGGAGGCUUUUCAGAGGCUCUCAGAUAGCUAUGAAGCCUUGCUGCAAGACUGUGACCAGGUGAGGAAAGAGCUGGAAAGCUCCAAAGCGAGGAACAAAUGUCUGUCUGCUGACAUAAAGACCUUGAAAGCGCAGAAUUCCUCCCUGCUGCUGAAGAGCAAACACGACGACGAGCUUGUGGAUGCUAUAUUGAAGGAGAAGAGUCGCAUGCUGGAGCUGCUAAGUCAGCUCACCAGGCAGAACGCACCAAGCCAGCCCAGCUCGGGACCGUCACUCAGCAGCGAGCUCUUCGCACAGAAGACACUCAUCCAGAACUUGUACCAAGUGGUCGCUGACAAAGAGGGAACUAUUAAAGAAUUAGAGGAAAAAAUCAAGCAGCUCUCUAGUGACAACUUAUAAAAAAAUAAAAA